GUAGUCAAGUAAUGUGAGUUUAGCGGUGUAUAGGAGUGAGCGAGCAGGGACAAGGAUGUGUGAGGCGCCUGCGCAGUCCUUCCUCACACCCACCGCUUCGAUCCCGUUGAGUUGCAUUGUUUGCUGAGGUUUAAGGUGGACAUAUGUAAGGUAGACUGCAGCAGAGGUGAAUAGGUAUAGUGUUUAUAAUCAGAACUUCACCACGACGCCUUUCCUGCACCAUGACAUCAGCUGUCUCCUAACAUUGCUAGCACGGGACGUUUGUGACGAAGGUGAGAGUGUGGAUCUAGGAGAAAGAGGACAGAGGUGCAGAGGCUUGGACGUAGCCAGCCUGAUGCUGAGCUGCGUACACCCGAACCUUUUUGUCCUCUUCAAGAAGCUCUUUGGUGUUGCCCCCCCACCGGGUGACUCAGAGGCAGACAUGUAUAAUAACUUGAGUCCACAGUGGCCCUUUGUAAGACAGCGACACCCUGCAGAAGUGCAGGGUGCCAACCACAAGGUGCGGGCAGAAAGAAUUACUAUAGAAGGGGAUAUCUUAAGUUACAGUGAAGAGGAAGAAGAAGAAAGAGUUGGGGUGUACAUAGGAGAGAUGCCCAUCUCUCCAGACCACAAUUACUUUGAGAUUGAAAUUCUAGACAUGGGAGCACAAGGAGCAAUAUGCAUUGGUCUGUGCUCUGCUAAGUAUCCAUUGCACAAGUUGCCGGGAUGGGCAGUAGACAGUGUGGGCUACCAUGCUGAUGAUGGCAAAUUGUACAAGGCUUGGCCGAGAGGGACAGUGUUUGGGCCACGGUGUGGCGGUGGAGACAGGAUGGGCUGUGGUGUGAAAUAUGAACAACUGUCUCCAGGAAGUGAUCCCUCAUCCGUCCCUGUGUUUUUUACCAAAAAUGGAAAAGAGAUUGGUGUAGUGAUGGUUCAUGUUGCUCGUGGAGGACUCUUUCCCUGUGUUGGACUGGCUGCUGCUGGUGAUGCUGUCAGAAUUGUUCCUCAGCUCAUCUGGCCUCCUGAUGAAGACACACAUAUGUCUGUUGACUCUAUGGAGGAAGAGUGGCUUCGUCUUCAUGAUAUUCGGCUAAAUGGCCAGAUGCUGGAGUACUGUGGGCGAGGGAAAAGUCUCUUAGAUGUGGGUCUUGCUCAGGCUCGUGUUCCUCUCAACACUACUUGCCAUUAUUUUGAGAUGGAGAUUGUUGAUCCAGGACGCUCAGGUUACAUUACCAUAGGACUUACAAAGAAGGAAUAUCCCAAAUAUCGACACCCUGGCUGGAAUAGAGGAAGUAUCGCUUAUCACGCUGAUGAUGGAAGAGUCUUCACUGGGAAGUCCAUUGGCUCAUUGUUUGGGCCUCGGUGCCACAAAGGAGAUAUCAUGGGGUGUGGCAUCAUAUUCCCAAGAGAUUAUGUGUGUAACUAUGAUAGUGAAGGAGGAAGCAUGGAGGAAGAGAGUCCAGAACCCUUGGAAUGUGAUGACCUCCUGGAGCAUUUCUUACACUACCAGCAGCCAGCAGUGCCAGCCCUCUCCCCUCUCUAUCCUAACCGCCAUCACCGCCACCACCACCACCAUCACCAUAACCAUAUUCUUACUACUGAUUCUGAAGAUGAUGAGGACGAGGAAGAAGAGGAAGAAGAUGAGGAGGAUUCCCUAGAACCUUCACGUAGACAACACCUAGGCGGCAAGGUCCAGGUCUUCUUUACAAGAAAUGGCCAGAUGAUUGGGCGGCGCGAGGUGGAAUUGCCCCGAGGUGGAUUCUUCCCAAGCAUCAGCAUGGGAAGCAUCAAUGAAAGAGUCAGGGUCAACCUUCGCCCCCUCACAGGCUAAUAACUGGUCCUCUCCAGCAGUGUAGAGCCACUAUGAUGUGAUCUUGAAUACUGGUGUGAUUUAGUUAAAUCAUCCAUCAGAAAAUUUACCUAUCAACAUGUCACGGGUUUCAGCAGGAUAUAUGCAGUCGCUUUAAUAGUCAGUGUAGAUUAGAAAUUUACUGAACAGUACAUACAUAUUUGGUUUUUACUAGUUUGUCUGGUGAUUUCCCCCCUGUCAUGUAUUGGUUGCAGGACACACAGCCACAGAGAUUAGUGUGUGCUGCAAGAUGUGAGAAGAGAAUGCCGACAACAGGGCACUAUGGGACAGCUUUAAUUGUCUGAUAGCCAUGUAAUUGUCUGAUAGCCACGUGUUGUGAAGUACUGAAAUUGAGAAACAUUAUUUGCAUUCUGUUGAGGUUGAAACUUUUUGUAUUCUUGUUCUUGGAUGAUUUACAUUUGAUGGUAUUUGUGAGAAAUUACAUAGAUACGUAUUCAAUGAUGUCAGUCAGUGUGUGUGUAUCUCACUCUUAUGUAUAUUUAAUGAAAGUACCUGGAUAUUCAAUAACCAUUUUCAUUAUUCAAAAUAUCAUAUUAACUAGAGAGUCACCUAGCAUAUUGCAGGGUAUUUAUAGCAUAUAAUCAAUCAAUUGUGAUAGUUUUUAGCACAAAAUGUGUAAUUUAUUUUAUAUAUUUUUACAGACAAGCAAAGUUUAACAUUAUGCUUCCUCUCAAUCAGAAGAAUUUUCUUAUUGGUAUGCUUUUCAGAAGCUAUAAGUGUUCCUUUAUCUUCCUAGCGGGUGUGCUUAACAUUUGAGUUGUGCAUGUGUUCCUUCUUGCCUGGCUGUCAUGUCCUUGAGUGCAGGAUGUGCUGUUGCUCCUCUAGGAGUUAGUCACCCUCCAUACUCUGCUGAGGUUUAAUUUCAUGGCUGUAAUGUAUUUUACCUAAAUAUUCCUUUUGUACUUAUCCCAUGAAUUUUUAUGGGUAGAAUAUGUACAUAAAGGCAUAUGAAGUGAAUUAUAUUUAAAUGUUUUUUGUUGAUUAUAUGCUAACAGCAUAUAUGUAUACAUAUAUAUUACACACACACACACACAAUACACAACACACACACACACACACACACACACACACACACACACACACACACACUUACACACACACUUACACACACACUUACACACACACACACACACACUUACACACACACACACACACACACACACACACACACACACACACACCUUCAUAUGUGUGAAACAGAAGCUGAGAGCUGAGCCAUGCGGUGUACAUAGCCCACCUUCUGACAGUACAAACGAACAGACGGCUCUCAUACCCAGUGACAAUAAUGCCUUAAUGUUAGGAGGCACUUUGACACCUUAACCAAAUCUGUAGUUCAUCAUAUUUUUAGUAUGUAGAUUAGGUAUCCCAUCUUUAAGGCAUACUCUGCAAAUUGAAUGUAUGAUUGCAUCAUUCAAGCAAACUCAAUUGUCCCUUAAAGUGCAAUAUACCUGAUCCUAUGGCUCAAUGGCCUGCAUGAUUAGUGAAAUAUUUGUGAGACAAUGUAAUAUUCUGACAAUCCAUUCCUGUAAACCAUGUGGACUAUUUUGUAGGAGUUCAAAAUCAUUUCAUUAAUAGCAGCCUUCUUUAUAGUCAUGGAGUUGGCUGCAGAUAGAAAAUUAUGAUUCAUUACUGUGUUACUACUGUGAGGUAAUGCAAAAUGUUUCAAUUCUGUAUUACCUGGUCAGAAAAAAAUAAGACAAAGUGUUUGAAUUAAAUCUUUUAUAUUGCAUGAGACUAUAAAUAUUUUUACAGUUGUCAUUUUGAGUAAGACUGGAGGAGAUAAAGUUUGGUGUAUUCUAUCACUGCAGCAUGCGUAAGCCUCUCAACAUUUAGCAUGAACCAAUGUGUGGGUAUUGGUGUCUUUGUACUUAUUUUUUGCUUUAAUGCUCUUCAUAGUGUUACCUUUAAAGACUUGUGAAUUAUUUCCCAGUCAAAUUCAUCACUUUGACUGUGCCUCAAAGUAUUGCCUUCAUAUGUAAUGUUUUGUUUCUUAUUUCACACCCAUGAUAGUGACAAUAUUUUUAUACAUAUGUGGUCUGCAUAUAUAUGUAUGUUACAGGCCAUAUAUGCAUAUAUGUAAUGCAUGAUAUUCAAUAGAAUGAUGAACAUUAACCUCUUGUAAUGCAUUUUCUUUAUUUUUAAGGAAAUAUUUUUCAUUCAUAAAAGCAUGACAGUGCAGGGUUCAUUGUAUAUGGUUCAGCAGUAGCUAGAUGAGCUGCUGGAGUUAAAUCAAACAUGAUUUGCUUUAAAUUAAUUUUAUACACAUUUGGUUCAAGUCAGUGUCAUUUUUUUAUUAUUGUCUCUUCUUUCAACUUAUUUAUAAUAUCAAUGUGUUGUAUUGAUGUUGACUUAAUGAGUAGUAUUGAUGCAUCCCUUCAGAGUGAUGCUGUUCCCAGAGAGGGCCAUGAUAUCAGCAUGUUUGGUUGGCCUGUCUGGGGAAUCAGCAGCAUCCUAAGACUUAAAAAAAUGUCUGAAUAUAAUGGGUGCUGUAAUUGUUUAUGAAGUUUAUUGGAACUGAUAGAAGACAAAACACCAGAGUACUCUGGCUUACAAAUGUAACCACAACUCACAGUAGUGAGUUUCACAGUGCAAGUAAAGAUUUCCAGAAUAGAAACUAUCAUUAAGGAAAAGUCUUGGUAAUGAUUUCAUUGUUUUUAAAUUCACAUUAAUUAUGUGUACUUAAUGUUUAUACUUUGAAGUCCUUAGAUAAUAUAUCUAGUCAAAAUAUUAUGUUGUGACAAGAUGGGCUGCACCUGCUGCUGGUGCUGUACUGCUGUAUCAUGGUGAGUCUGUUAAGACAAGUUUGAUCAUUAAUUCUGAAUACAACUCUUAUAAAUAGCAAAUUAUUAUCAAACUUGUUACAGUUGUAUUAUUGUAUAAUUAUGUUAUGGAUUCAAGCAUAUUUUUUUCAAGGGAAGAGAAGAUUCUGAAUGUUAUAAAGAAAAUCACAGGCAAAGAUUUUUUUCUUAUAUGGAGUAAUUACUGUCUGUCUGGUACAUCAUCAUCUGUGCCUAAGCAUUCAGUUGUUUGUUUCCAGUCAUUGUAACAUAAGACAAUAUUCACAUGUUGAAAAAUUUAUCGUCAGAUUUUUUUAUUUUAUUUUUUUAUAUAUUUUUUAUAUUUUUUUUAUGAUUACUAGUGUUGUUUAAACUAUUAUUAUAUUAGAGGUGUUACAAGAAUGGAUGGUAUUGUUGAAAAUGCUUACUAUCCAAGUAGACUACUUAUGCACAAGGCAAACAAAUUUAUGUAAAAUAUACUGUAUAUAUUCUCACAAUAAUCAUUGCAAAAUUCAAAGUCAUGUAAUUUUAGUGAUGGGAACGUUAUAACUGUAGUAUCUUCAGUUUCAUGUAAAGUUUGACAUGCAAAAUAUAUAAUUUUUUUAUUACUUUGUGUAAAUCACAGCAAAGAAUGAACCAACAUAUUUGCUAUCAAGAUUUCUUAGCAUAUUCAGCCAGUCUUUUUAAGAGGGAUUGGCUCAUAUUCCACUGCUGCCACCACUUGUAAGAAUACACAAUUUUAUGAUUUAAUAUACUUUAUUUAAGGAUGAUAGGCAGAUCAAGUGGUGGAAAAGUCUUAUGAGAGUGGUGAUCUUUAGAUGUUUGGGGAGUGGUAAACAUAUAUUGUCUUUAGAGUGCUCAGCACCAAGCUCCAUGUUGGAGUGUCUCAUCCUCUGCCCAGUGUCUGACUUGUGAUGAUGUAUGUCUUCUUUCUAUUUGUAGUCUUAUCACAAAUGCCAGAGUCCCAUUUUGUUGCAAUGGUGCUUUCAUGUCUCUCCAGGAAAGUUUAGAAAUAUCCCUUCUGCAUAAUUUUGAUUGAUAAGAAUGAAAUAUUUGUACAUCUUGCUUAAAUCAUGAAAAUUACAUGUAUAACACUAUAAUAUGUUGGUGUGGAUCCUGUAAAUAUUAUGUAAAUCACCAAUAAUAGUAAUGAUGAUGUCCAACAACAUAGAUACUUAUCUCAGUGUGUCUUUGCAAUAUAGUGGCUUCUCUGGCAUCAAAUCUGCAUGCCUUGAUUUGAGUCCUAUCUGUCUGUUUCUCUGACACCUUGUACCCUCUGAAAGCAUCUCCUAAGGGUAAUAGCCUAGGCAGAAGAUCCUCCACUUCUCCCUAUCUGGACCCUUCUUGCUUGUCAAGUGUUCUUGAUAUAACUAUAAUCUCUUUCACAUGUAUACAUCAUUGCCUUGUUCUUCCACCUUUUAACUGGCCUUCUCCUAUCAGCACCUACAGUUUCACCAACACACACUUUCUUUUUUAGAAUUUUAACCUUCCCCUAAGCAGUAUCAAACAAUGACUCAUAUUGUAGGGAGAUGUCACUCCCAGGCUGUGAUUUAUUUCUCCUGUGAAUAACUUGUAGAUAUGUUCUUGUAGCAUGUGGAGUACAGUAUUUGCAGCAAGGUGUACUCUUUCUUUUCAUAAGGAAGAUGGUAGAAUGUUAAAACUGUGCUUCUUCAAGUAUUACAUAAUGUUUAGGAUCAAGUAUUAGAGAGGGAUUUGGAUAAAGUCAAUCAUAUUCAUAGAAAAUUGGAUGUAAAGAAAUUAUCUGGAUAUCAAAUAUAAGAAAAGUUAAGCUUUAAUCUUUGAUUUUUAUAAAUUUGUUGAAUAUGAUUAUUGUGUAAAUAUACACAGUACCUGUGCUGUGCCUUGUAACCUCUUUGUUUGAAAUUUAAUUAACAUUCAUAUAUAUAUAUAUAUAUAUAUAUAUAUAUAUAUAUAUAUAUAUAUAUAUAUAUAUAUAUAUAUAUAUAUAUAUAUAUAUAUAUAUAUUCCAUAGAUCUGAAUAAAAAUAGCAUGAAGAAUACUUGCAAUAAACUGUGAAAUAUAUGAAAAUCCAGCAGUAACUGGAUGGAAUAAAAAUAUUCUUUGAUGGAAGAACAAUGUUGGUUGUUAUAGAUGUUGGAGGAUGUAAAAAAUUGUUAAUGAUAUUGCUGCAUCAUAAAGCAUGAAGCUGCUUUGUUGCAUCUCUAUAGCUUUCAUUGCAUGAACAAGCUGCAUGAUAGCACAAGACUAGAAAAUGCCAAGAUUGGCUUCAUGAAAUCAAUUGCUACAUACAAUAGCCAUUACUUUGUUUAUAGUGUGUUUAGUUAAAAAUAAUACAGUAAAGGUUGAUGACAAGGAUUUGCAUCAUAUUUCACAUAAAGGUCAAGUAAAUGUUUAGCAGUGUAUAUGAAUGAAUGUAAAUCUUAAGUUUAGGCGGGGUUUACAUGCCUGCCCCAACCUUCAUUCUCAGGUUUUCACUGAUUUCUCAAUGGGCUCAUCAUUCUAAGCUUUUAUGGGGUAAUUUAUGACCAGACAAAGUGAAAUAAAGCAUUAAGUUGUGAAAAAUCAGAGGGGAAAAUAAAUUUGGAGUAAAAGCAACAAUAAUGAGGACUUUUUAGACAAAAGAUUAAUUUAGAUAAGUCAACUUACAAAAAGUACAAAAAAUUCUUGCAUGCCUAUUUUCUUCAUGCAUUAAGAAAAAAUUACACUUAUUAAAAGAAAGGAAACAUUCUCAACAUUUUCUUUGUAUGACACAAUGAUUAUUGUUAAAUUUUCAUAUACAUAAUUGUUUAGCUUGUUUGCUACAUGCCUUGGCCUGUUUUCAGACUUGUGGUGUGUAAAGAUUUUGAUGUUACUAAGCAGAGUUUGAUGUGAAGGAACAGGGCAGGUGCAUAAGAUUUUAAGUGGCUUGAGGUGCCCAUGUUCUCUAGUAGUUGCCAAUAUAAGUUUUGUCAUGCUUUUGCUGUAUAAGUAUUUUUGUGUACUUACAGUCAAGAAUCUUCCAACACUGUGGUGACAGCCACACCUGAGGUCUUCAUGUGACCCUCAGUUUUCUGUUACUGGUAUUUUCUUAAAGUUAUCAUUGUUUAUAGUAUAUAUAUAUAUAUAUAUAUAUAUAUAUAUAUAUAUAUAUAUAUAUAUAUAUAUAUAUAUAUAUAUAUAUAUAUAUAUAUAUAUAUAUAUAUUUGAAUUUUAGAUUUGAUUUCUUGUAUGAGAAGGAAAAAGGUUUAUUCCUUUUUCUAAGCCUUUCAUAUGCAUACUUUGUUACUUUGUAAUGAGUUACUCUGAUCUCUCUGCAAGUUAUGUUUUUAAAGAUGACCCAAGGAAAAGAAACGAUGGGUUUAUGAACCUUCUGUGAACUGACUAUGUAAAAUCUAUAAUUUUGAUACCAUUUUUCAAUUUUUGUACAAGAAAUGUUAAAGAUUUUAAAGAUCCACAUAAGUGCAUGCUUUAAUAUACAUAAUUAAGAAUCUUAGGUGCACCUAAAUAGCAUUUCCAUUGUCUGAGUAUCCUGUGCAAUUUAUUUUAGUUGCAUGUCAUCUAUUCAUUAUCCAUUUGUCAUCCUUGGUCUGUCUGCUUGUCUUUGGCAUUACUGUAAGACAAAUUAUGAUAAUGUUGCUAUAGUUUUUACUGAAACUAUUACUUGCUCAUUUAUGUAUUUCAUUGUUUGUUUAUUUAUUUUUGUUCCUAACUAAAGUUCUUGUACGAAACUCAGUGCUUUACAUGUUUCCAAAAACUUGUAGGUCACAUUGGAUUUCUGUGGUUCAUCUUAAUGAUCAGAUUCAAGAUUACAUAUCAGAACCACUCUGUAAUGUUAUAUUGAAUUAUUAAAUGAGAUGAGGUGCCCAGCAUUAGAAAUGCUUUAUUGAAAUAGCUUUAUUGAGGUCUUCACUUUUGUGUAAGUGUAGGUGAAUGUCCCUCUGAAUAUUGUAAGCAAGGUUGAGAAUGAUGUCUGUUUGACCAGUGAUGCAGGCAUGAUAUGCUGCUGAGCAGUUUUCUACAUAAGAAGGGUGAGUAGCUCUUAUAAUGUGGAAUUUUUUCAGGGGUGAAUUAUUAGAACAGCUCAGCCAGUGCAGGGAAGGUAUCAGCCAAUCAAGGCACUCCCCUCACCUCGUGUCAUAUCUCUCAGCCAGUUUCCCCUUAAGUUUUCUACUUUGUUAUUGUUAAUGUUAUUUGUUCGUGUUUCUUUGCUCCACAGUUCACAGACAUUAUCUUGUCCAUUAUUAACUGAAGGUGCUUUAAAAAUUUGUGUAACUUUUGAAAAUAUAAAACAAGUUGCAGAAAAAAAACAAAAGUUCUGCAAUGAAAGUCAAGAGAGACAGCUAUUUGACAUCAUUAUGAUUUUGAAUGAUGAUUGGUGAUUUACAGGUCAAGUUUAUUGUCAUAACAUAAAAAAAAAGUUAUUGUUAUAACUUCACCAGACUUUGAGCGGCCUUUCUAAUGUGGGAUACCUCAUGUAUACAUUCAUAAAAGUGUGCUUUAAGAAAUAUCCACAAAUAGACAAUGGAUUUUUCAUAUUUCAUGAACAUUUAAAUGGUAAUUAUUUUAUAAAUGGGAUAGUAGUUUGCAAAGACAGCCUCUUUAGAAAUCCACACAGUUAUAUGCCCUUCAUCUGUGUGCUGGUGGAACAUGUGUAAUGCCACAGUCUUGCCAGCUCAGGUAUUAGUGAGCCAUGUAGGGGAUCAUGGUGCUGGAAUGUUAUUCUGACUCAGAUCCCCAAUCUUCUCUAACUUUUUUUUUCUCAGUCCAAGAAAAAUUGGACCUCUCCACCAUAACAUAAAAGUGGAUGAAAUUAAUAUAACACAUUUUUCAAGUCUAAGGAGAUGCAUGUCACCUGCAGAAGCACUGAUUCAUUGAAGAUCUACUGCAUGUCACUGGUCACAUUUACUGUACAUUUACUUGUACAUUUACUGCAUAUUAUUUCUGAUCAUGUUACUCCAGAUAUUGACUGAAUGUUGAUCAUGUUGGUACUAAUCUUGUUCUGUGUUAAUUAUUUUUACUAACUGCAUAUUAAUAACAUUUUUUAAAUAUUUUAAUUCUGUGUGUGUUAAUAGCAGUUAUUGAUAUUUUGAGAUUGUAAUGCCCAUGCAACAAAUAUAGGGCUUUUAUACAAAUAUUAUACUGAACCUAAGGCAUACAGGAGAAGAAUAUGUUCCUCUAACUUGCUUGCAUCAAGAAGUGAGCCCAAACCAACCUCAGAUAUGUAUUUACCUAAGCAGAGGAUAAGGCAGACAGCCUAUCAUUGUUUGAAACAAUUCUUGUGUAGGUGCUCAUGUCAUUCAUGGUACUGCUGAUAAUGAAGGGAAAAAAAUCACAAGAACUAUUCAUAAUAAAAACAAGUCAAUUUAAUACAGUAUAAAACUAUAUACUCGUAUGUGUUGCCUGUGGUGACUUAAGAUGAGCAGUAGAGUUGUAUUGGGAGAGCUGAACAGCCUGGCAUGAUAGACUCAGUGGCAGCCAGCUAAAGGCAAGCUGACUCUAUUCCCUCUCAAAGAAUAUAACUAAUUAUACUCACAAGGGAAAAUAUUCAUACCAGUAGUUUUUGUGAUUAUUAGAAAUGUAUUCUCUAAUACUUAGGCUGUGUUCUAUGACUGAUGUAGUUAUACCUUGGAUAGCAAAGUGUAGAUCAGAGAAGCCAUUAAUCCGUCCCUGGAUAUUUGAGGAUUAGGAGACCAUAAACAAAGUUCUUUAUAAGAUGUAUUCCUCUUUUUCUUUGAUCAAUAUUAAGCAUGUCAGUAUUUAGGGCUCUGUUUUGCUUUAUGGAAAAUUUUUCAACAAUCUGUAAUUAUUUCUUUAAUGUAGGCCUCUGUGUACUAAGAGGUUGGCUUCUUGCUUCUACAAAGCUAAAGUUCUUCAGACAACUAUGAGUAGCAAAUCCAGUAAAACUCCCAAGUAUGUACACUGGACCUAUAUAACACAGUAUGGCACUCAGACAGUGCUUGCUGUUCUAAUAAUACAACACAUUGUAGAAAACUGCAUUCUGCAGCAACUGCCUUGGCUUAUUCACUAAGAUAUGUGUAAUCAUGUAGCAUUCAAUACUCUGUUGUUUUAAAGAAACAAAUAUUUUCAGGAUAGUAUCCCUAUGAUUUAUUGUCAUGCAAAUUACUCUCUCUCUCUCUCUCUCUCUCUCUCUCUCUCUCUCUCUCUCUCUCUCUCUCUCUCUCUCUCUCUCUCUCUCUCUCUCUCUCUCUCUCUCUCUCUCUCUCUCUCUCUCUCUCUCUCUCUCUCUCUCUCUCUCUCUCUACCAUUUUAUCACUUCCAUUCUCUCUUCUUUCUCCGUUGCCUCUGUACCCCCCAUUGUCAUACGAAUACACUCGUACACCCUUGCAGUUCACAUGGGGACAUACUUUCACCACCUUGUACCUGCCUCCUCCCAAAUUUUGUUAGUCUGAUGUUUGUAUCUUCUUGGAUGAGCAUGCUGUUGGAUACUUGGGAGCCUUACCAUGCAUCAUCUUAUUCAAUGAAUGCUAUGUGAUGUCUUUCUAAAAACUGUUUAUCUUUUAUGUUUUUGUAGGAUUUCAGGUGCAGUAAAAGUAUUUACAUUCAAAUACUUUAUAGGGAGUAAGAUAACCAUAAAGUUAAUCUUUGCAUGGAGUGAGUGAUUACUGUACAUAUUACAGAUUGUUGCUGUUAUAAUCAUAGGAAUAAGAAAAAAGUGUAUGACCUUUAAAUAAGAUGAAAACUAAGUAAAGUUCCUGAUUUGAUGAUGAUGCUACCUGGUCCUUCUUAGUGUGUACUUUUUGUUGUGGUAUGUGGGUGUCACUGCAGAUCCACCCUAUCUUAUUAUUUCAUACCAUACACUGCACAUGUUCACUGAUGUCUGCACUAUUAUUGGUCUACAGGACUGUAAUUUUGUAGCCUUCUUUACUAAUCAAGAUCAUGGAAAGUUACCAUAGCAAAGGAAAAUAGAUAGUCAUGAUGUUUUUAUACAGUUGGUAAUGUGAACCUAUGGUUUUACAGAGCCAAAACAUAAGUGUAAAUAUAACAAAAUAUGUUGUACCUAGGUAUUCUAAGGCUGAAAAGAUCAAUGUUUCAAAUACAGUGGAAUAUACAUUAUUUUUGUAGUCAAGAAUUCUUGUAUUUCUCUUGUUUAUGUAUUUUUUUAUUUGUUUAUUUAUUUUUUUUUCUUUAAAAGACAAGUUCUUUGGAUUUUCUUGAUUCUUGUUUUCUCCACACACACACACACACACACACACACACACACACACACACACACACACACACACCACACCACACCACACCACACCACACCAUACCAUACCACACAACACACACACACACACACACACACACACACACACACACACACACACACACACACACACACACACACACACACACACACACACACACACUGGAAUGAUUUGAAGGAAGAGGUGGUUGUGGCAAACAGUGUACACAUGUUUAAAAAGAAACUGAAUAAAUAUGGAUAUGGAGACCGGACAAAAUGAGCUUUGGCUCAUGCCCUGUACAAUACAACUAGGUAAACACACACACACACACACACACACACACACACACACACACACACACACACACACACACACACACACACACACACAGGAGGAUGAUAUUUAUUUGGUUCUAAAGCCAGUAAUAUGACUUAUAGUUGGAUAAUGAGGGACAAUGAAAAAAAGUAUAUAUAUAAAUAAGAAAAAAUAAGAAAGGAACGACAAGAUGGUUAAAAGAAGAGUUUUUCAGAGUUUUCCAGACAAACAUCAAUACUGUGAAUGAAUUGGAGGUAGAAAUGGUGCUAAUAAAUAACACAUAUAGGCUCAAAACUUUAUGAGAUGAAAAAGUUAGAUAUAAAGACAGCACAUCAUGAGCAUAGAUCAAAUAUUACAUACUGUAUUAACAUUGCUGCUACUACCAUUGAUUAAAUACACUAUCAUAACUUGCCUGUCUUAAAACACUAAAUUCUCACCCUGCAUAAUUAUCAGAUAAAAGUUAGAUAUAUGAGUACGUGUUGUAAUUCUAAAAAUAAAUUAUUAUUAUCAUGUUAUAUGGAAAUAUUUAUCUUUAUAAGAUGAAGUGCAUUUAAAGCAUGAUGAUCAUUAUGUCUUUGAAUGGGAGAGAAGUGCAGUGUUUACAACACUGAGCUAGUUUUAAGACUGGUGGAUUGUUAUGUGUAACUUGGUACUUGUAAUGAACAGUGAUGUUGCUUGUUACAGAAAAAUGUUUUGCUUGACAUUUUAUCAUAAUAGUCAUGUAAUUGCAACCUUUAACUUUUUUUUUCUUUCUUUUUUUUUUUUUUUUAAGUAACAUGUUUAAUGUCCCCACAGGGCACUGGGGAUGGCAGAAGCAAAAAAUAUGGGUCAUGAAUUCUUUGCAGGAUUAGUGAGCAUGUUUAUGAUUAUUGUUGCUUCUGUCUUACACUCCACAUGUAUCCAUAAAUCUUGACACUACAGCUUUGUUUAUGUUUACAUUUGUGUAUAAUUCAGUGUUACUGCUAGUUCUAUUCUUCUGUCUUCAACCUUUCCUUCCACCUGAUCUCUCUCUCUCUCUCUCUCUCUCUCUCUCUCUCUCUCUCUCUCUCUCUCUCUCUCUCUCUCUCUCUCUCUCUCUCUCUCUCUCUCUCUCUCUCUCUCUCUCUCUCUCUCUCUCUCUCAAAAGUUGUUAAGUAUUGCACCAUAUGGAAAGUUUCUAUUUUUGUAUUUAAAAAGCAUAAGUUAAGGAUUUCCGUGAAUUUUAUGGUAUGUAGAAUUUUUUUUUCACAAUUUGCAUUUCUGCAUAUAUGUUGUUCAAAGGCUGAGGCACAUGCCUUGUGGCAGUGAUGAAUAGAUGUGUUAAAUGUAUCUAGACUUUUUUGUUCAUCAUUGCUUUGUAUGCAUCUUUUUGUAAAUUGUUUUGUUGGUUUGAUGUAGUGGGAAAAUGUGGCUAACACACACACACACACACACACACACACACACACACACACACACACACACACACACACACACACACACACACACACACACACACACACACACACA